UCACUCAUGACAAACGCGUCGGGGCGGUUGAUUGCCAAGCCAGCCUCCUGUGCCUCACUUCCCCUUCCAUGACGAUAUAAAGCAACGGAGAGGCGUCUCCGCAGGGUAAGCCAACCGUACGAUUCCCGACAAAGAACAGAAACACUGCACACCAGAUUCCUCGUCAUCUCUGUUUCUACUCCUCAAUCGCUCUUUAUCAACGAGAGGGGGCAUCCCUCAUCUUCGCUGCGUAAUUCUGCUAUAAACAGCCCCCGUGCAUUGACGUCUCAUCUUCGCCACAGAAAUUUGCGUAACGGAUCAACGCAACCAACACGAUGACGGUAGCAAUAGCCUCCAUGCUAGAGCCUCCUCACGCCACUGAGUCUUGUGGUCGCUCCUCGCAGCUACUCGCCAAUGGUCACGCGCAAACCUUUGGUGUCAUACCUGAAUCUGUGAAGGGUUCCAUGAGCGGCUCUGCCUCGCAGAACGACAUAAGUCUCAAAGAUUCCGUGCCAGCUCCUCCUUCGUUACCAGUUCCGGAUGGAACCACACCUACCGAAGCGAAACCUGGCGUCCAAAGGACGGUCACGGACGCAGCUCCUCAGUUUCUCACGAAAGAGACGAACGUGAACGGUCGGCUAAACCCAGCCGUUGCGGCCAUCGCGAGGCCGGCAGAGUCUGCCAUCAGCGUUUCCGCACCACCUUCUCCGCACCAUCGUCCAGUCGACCCUACAAAAAUGGGUGCUCGAAAAGGCGUCGUCGGUGACAAGCUACAUGACGAUCACCACGCUUAUCAUCUGAAUCUGGAUCAUGUUUUGAACCCUCUGAAGCGGCUUCUCAUGAAACACUCGGCUAAUGCGAAUGAAAGCACGACAACCGUCGCUUCGGAUGGGCAUGUUAGCCUCAUCAGUACAAUUCCGAAAGAGGAAACUGCAUAUCGCUUUGACCUAAGUAAUGGGAAAGACUCGAGCAUGCUCGGCUCGUCAUCAUCGGCUCCACCGCUUCUCCGUGCCCAGUCACAUCCGCAGACACUCAAGGAGAAGUACGGUCGAAUGACGAGCUUCCUGGGCUCUGGUGCGAACGGGUCAUGUUUCAUGGUGCAACGACCGAAUAGUGCGGAAAAAUAUGCGGUGAAGGAAUUCCGCUCGAAGAACAAGUGCGAGUCGUCUCGAGAGUAUCGCAAGAAGCUGUGCUCGGAAUACACGAUCGGAUCCAUCUUGCACCACCCCAACAUCAUUGAAACACUCGACCUCAUUCAGGAGAAGAAUCAUACAUACGAAGUCAUGGAAUUAUGCGCAAACGGUGAUCUCUACACUUUGAUACAGUCUACCCCUUUGACAUCUGCGCAAAUCGAAGACAUCUUCGUGCAACUGAUUCACGGUGUCAAGUACCUACACAACCGAGGAAUUGCUCACAGGGAUCUGAAACCCGAAAAUUGCCUCUUUACAUCACAGCAAACCCUCAAAAUCAUCGAUUUUGGCUCGGCAGACGUCGUUUUCCGCACACCAUAUAACCCGGUCCCCAAGCUCUCUCAAGGUCGCUGCGGUUCUGGACCCUACAUCCCACCUGAGGAGUACACUCGCCGUGCGUAUGAUGCUCGCAAGGCUGAUAUCUGGGCUUGUGGGGUCAUUCUCUUGGCCAUGUACGCUCGUCGAUUCCCUUGGGCCAAGGCUGUCGAUUGGGACACCGAUUACGCGUACUACGAGAAGUACAGACUGCUAACUGAUCGUCAGGAGGAAGAGCGAGCGCGAGCUGGAACACAGGCUGCCAAACCUACCGUCGUCGAGCCGACCCCGAGCGCCCAGGCUACAGAUAGCAGCAGUCAAGCAACGAAGGAGAAUGCUAACGGCAAACGUCAUCACCACCACCACCAUAACAAAGAAGGCGUGAAUGGGAAUGAAUCGACUCGCACUGCAUCUCCUACGUGCCCGCAAAUGCCGCGCAUUUUCCUCGCUGUCGACCCACGACCUCGUGCACUGCUUUUCAAGAUGAUGCACCCCGACCCGGACCGACGAGCGAGUGUGGAGGAUGUGGAGGCGGAUCCGUGGUUCAGAGCCAUCGAAGCGGCUGCUCGGAGGCCAUCUUCCCCUGCGGCAACGAACCCGAUUCAGAAGGCCGGGUCGCCGGCGCCGCCAUCUGCCCACUCCAACCCCACCUCGAAUGACCAAACCGCGGCUGCCCUCAAGGCCGAGCGCACCCAACGUCAAGACAGCAAGCUUGAACAACGACAUGAGAAGAUCCCCGUAGGCCCCGCCGCUCGCGCGACUCCCAGUAAACUGAUGCUAGCCGAAAACACUGACAUAUAACACUCGGCCAAACGCUAAUCUAGCAUUCCAUAUGGUAUCACGGGGAGUUCAAACUGGCUGAAGCAAUCACGCUUUCGUGCUGUCACAGUGCUUCAUACGCUGCAGCAUUUGUACAUACUCUAUACUAGUUUUGGUAGUUUAGGAGGUCCUGGUGGUGUCGACAUGUAGGAAGAGUUGUUAGUCGCGCUAUAAUAGGGCUAGUAACGCAACACUGUUUUUGUAUGACACAUUGGUGUGUCGAUCAAAUUGAAGGCAAUGUUACAUGUUACAGUUUUGGAUUACGGAUCGGAGU